CUAUAAUCUCCGCCACAUUGUUUUGUCGUGUAGAACAUUAUCACUGUUAAUUCAGCGGCUAGAUUCCACAGGAAUAAACAAAAUGCAACCUUCUCUCUCUUUUGCACGUGUCUCUGUUUCAGGUUGAUCCUCAGGAACCUGAUAAUAGGGACUUCCCAGUUCUCAUCUCUCGUCAUCACCACUGCCGCAAAUGGAGCUACACCAAGAGCAACAACCCGUUUCGCUUUCCCUUUCCUUUUCCCUUUCUGUUGUCUCUGAUGCUUCUGCUCCUUCCUCUUCAGAGGAACAGUCCAGUCCAGCAGAUGCAGUGAUCUUCUUUGGUCUCAGUUUGGCUCUGGGGAUUGCUUGUAGGCACCUCUUGCGUGGGACUAGAGUUCCUUACACCGUUGCCUUGCUCAUAAUUGGCAUUGCACUUGGAUCUUUAGAAUAUGGUACUCAUCAUCGGCUGGGAAAGAUUGGAGAUGGAAUUCGUCUUUGGUCAGAGAUUGAUCCAGACCUUCUGUUAGCUGUUUUUCUUCCUGCUCUCCUAUUUGAAAGCUCAUUCUUAAUGGAAGUUCACCAAAUUAAGAGGUGUCUUGCACAAAUGAUCUUACUAGCUGGUCCUGGUGUUGCGCUUUCAACUGUUUGUCUUGGAGUUGUCAUGAAGCUUACUUUUCCAUACAACUGGGGUUGGAAAACAUCACUAUUGCUUGGGGGACUUCUGAGUGCUACAGAUCCUGUUGCUGUUGUGGCUUUGUUGAAAGAUCUUGGUGCCAGCAAAAAACUAAGCACCAUAAUUGAAGGGGAAUCCUUGAUGAAUGAUGGGACGGCUAUUGUGGUUUAUACUCUUUUCUAUCGGAUGGUUCUUGGAGAGACCUUCAAUUGGGCUGCUAUAAUAAAAUUUCUAGCACAAGUUUCACUUGGAGCUGUAGGGAUGGGUCUUGCUUUUGGGAUUGCAUCUGUUUUGUGGCUAGGGUUUAUUUUUAAUGAUACAGUGAUUGAAAUUGCUCUAACAUUUGCUGUUAGCUACAUUGCUUAUUUCACUGCCCAGGAGGGUUCAGGUGUCUCAGGUGUUUUGACGGUGAUGUCUUUAGGGAUGUUUUAUUCAGCAUUUGCAAGAACAGCUUUUAAGGGUGAAAGUCAACAAAGCUUACAUCACUUUUGGGAAAUGAUUGCUUAUAUAGCUAAUACCUUAAUUUUCAUUUUGAGUGGAGUUGUCAUAGCUGAAGGAAUACUUGGUGACAACAAUGUUUUCUAUCAUGGAACAUCAUGGACCCACCUCUUGCUUCUCUAUGUUUAUGUACAAGUGUCUCGAUGCAUUGUUGUUGGAGUAUUGUUUCCCUUUCUUAGAUAUUUUGGAUAUGGUUUGGAUUGGAAAGAAGCUAUUAUUCUCAUCUGGUCAGGAUUGCGAGGGGCAGUUGCCUUGGCACUUUCGUUAUCAGUUAAGUGUGAGAUAGGUGUACUUGCAGGUUUACAGGCGGUUUUACUUGUUUCUUGUAGCAAAUCAGUGAUAUAUUUUUGUUGGGAUAUGAAGAUUCCUUUCUUGGAAUGGGCUACUUCAAUCCCUAAAAAAUAUUUUAGCUUACCUAAAGUCUUGAUUUUGAAUUCCUUGGUGACUGUUUCAACCAGCAUAACUCCUUUUUUAGUUUGCAAACUAUGUUGGCCUCAAUCUGUCCCGUAUACCCAGCGUUCGAGUGGAAAAUCAAUUGAGUUGACUCCGGAGACAGGAACACUGUUUGUUUUCUUCACUGGUGGAACUGUGUUUUUAACACUUAUAGUAAAUGGGUCAACCACACAACUAAUGUUACGUUACCUUGGCAUGGAUAGUUUAUCAGCAGCUAAGAGACGUAUCCUUGACUUUACAAAGCAUGAAAUGUUGGACAAGGCAUUGGAGGCUUUCAGUGAACUUGGAGAUGAUGAGGAACUUGGGCCUGCUGACUGGUCCACAGUGAAGAGAUACAUCUCUUGUUUAAAUGAUAUUGAAGGUGAACGUGUUCACCCUCAUGGUGCAACUGAAAAUGAUAGUCACCUAGAUCCUAUGAACUUGAAAGAUAUACGAGUACGACUACUGAAUGGUGUACAAGCUGCUUACUGGGAGAUGCUUGAGGAAGGAAGAAUUUCUCAAACAACAGCUAAUGUCCUAAUGUUAUCCGUAGAGGAAGCCAUAGAUUUGGCUUCAUCUGAGUCUCUAUGCGACUGGAAAGGUUUAAAAUCUUACGUCCACUUCCCAAGUUACUACAAGUUUCUACAGUCCAAUAUGUUCCCACCAAAGUUAGUGACAUACUUCACUGUACAAAGGUUGGAAUCUGCAUGUUAUAUUUGUGCUGCAUUUCUUCGUGCUCACAGAAUUGCUCGACAACAAUUACAUGACUUCAUAGGUGACAGCGAUAUUGCUUCUGCUGUCAUCGAUGAAAGUGUUGCAGAAGGAGAAGAAGCACGGAAGUUCCUAGAAGAUGUUAAUGUGACAUACCCUCAGGUUCUGCGUGUUGUAAAAACAAGGCAAGUUACAUAUGCAGUGCUACAUAAUUUAAUUGAAUAUGUUCAAAACCUUGAGAAGACUGGGAUAUUGGAAGAGAAAGAGAUGCUACAUCUCCAUGAUGCUGUCCAGACUGAUUUGAAGAAAUUACUUAGAAAUCCUCCUUUGGUUAAGCUUCCUAAAAUAAGUAGCAUACAUCCUAUGUUGGGUGCUCUCCCAUCUUCGGUUCGUGAAUCACUUGCCAACUGUACCAAGGAAAUGAUGAAAUUCCGUGGUGUGACACUUUACAAGGAAGGUGCAAAGUCAAAUGGUAUAUGGUUAAUUUGUAAUGGAGUAGUGAAGUGGGAAAGCAAGAUGACAACAACCAAACACUCAUUUUAUCCUACUUUUACUCAUGGGAGUACAUUGGGUCUUUAUGAAGUGCUGACUGGAAGACCAUAUAUCUGUGAUGUCAUCACAGAUUCUGUAGUAUUCUGCAUUUUUCUUGAAGCUAGCAAGAUAAUAUCAUGUCUCAAAUCAGAUCCUUCAACAGAAAACUUCCUGUGGGAGGAAAGUGCUAUUUUCCUUUCCAAACUAUUGGUUCCUCAGAUAUUUGGGAAACUGGCUAUGCAAGAUUUAAGAGCUCUUAUUGCAGAUCCAGAGAGAUCUCGGAUGACCAUAUUCAUAAGAGGGGAAACAAUAGAAAUCCCUCAUCAUUCAGUUGCCCUCUUACUAGAAGGAUAUGUCAAAACUCAAGGUCGUCAAGAACUCAUAACAGCACCAGCAGCGCUGCUUCCUUCAUCCGGGAAUCUAAGCUUCCAAAAUUUGGCAGGAUCAGGUUCCAAGGGAGCUAGUUUUACUCAUCAAGGAUCUAUUUAUCUAGUUGAAACUACAGCAAGGGUAAUUCUUUUUGACAUACCAGCAUCUGAGGCCGAUGCUUCUCUUGUGAGAAGGUCAAGUUCACUGUUAUUGCAUGCCGGGGAUCAUCCUCAUAGAUCUUUCCGUCGAAAACAUAGUGGUCUUAUGAGUUGGCCUGAACAUUUCUACAAACACAAGAACAAUGAGCAGAUAUCUGAAGGGAUUGGGCGACAAACCUAUAGUUUGUCUGCAAGGGCAGUGCAUCUGAGCAUUUAUGGGAGUAUGGUGCACAUCCCUCGGCGGAGUAGAAGUUUGUCAAGCCAUCAUGGUAGAGAACCUCAUAGCCUGUCCUAUCCAACCAUGGAGUCCCACCGUCCACUUGUCACAGUGAAAUCAGAAGGAGCUGCAACUGCUAAGAAGGUCCAUGAGGUCACAAGACAAGUUACAAAUCCACCAUCACAAAGCACAGAACAAAGAAAACAUCAUCAUGGUCAUGGAGAAAAUUCAAGUGAUGAUGAAGAAGAUGUCAUUGUGAGGAUUGAUUCACCGAGCACUCUAUCUUUUCGCUAGUCUCGAGAGUCAAGAGUCUUAGGUAAUUAUUUGUAUGUCGUGUUAUAUGGUGCCUUUAUAUCACCAGUUGUAUUUUAGUAAUAGAACAAAUAGUGAUAAUGGACCCUUGAGGCUGGAUUUUGUUAGCAAUAAACUUGUUUGUAACUGGGUUUUGUUAGUUGUACUGAAAAAUGUCAUUAUAGAAAUAAAUUUAGAAAAAUAAUGACAUCUUUGAGAUGUUUUCAUUAGUGGCAAUCUUGUUUUUUUGGUU